AAAAGGCGUUAAAACUGCGGCAAAAGUUUACUAGCAGGAUCUUAUAGAAAUCGUGGUAAAACAUAUAAGCAAUACUCUCUUCGAUGGAGACCAUUGGACCAUCCAACAAGAUUCUGUUUCAGCACACAAGGUAAAAAGCAUCCUGCAUUGGCUUAAAACCAACAUUUCUGAGUUCAUAGCUGCAGAAGAUUGGCCAACUGGAAGUUCAGAUUUGAAUCUAUUGGUCGUCUACAGUUUGUGGUCAGUGUUGGAGAUCCUGGCCUGUCGAAUAUUCCACAGAAAUUUGGGGAGUCUCAGAAAAUCUUUGAUUCGAGAAUAUAUACUACAGUUAUAGAGACUAAUACGGGCAACGUAAGGCAAAGUAAGCUUUGGAUGAGAAGGUGUGAUCUGCUGAGAAUCAAAGAACAAGUUUUGGAAACUUUUAAUAUCAAUGAAACGAUAGGGAAGAACAAUUACUUAUAGUAGAUACGUAUAAGUCUCAAAUUCGUUAGUGAAGUCAUGCAAAUUCACCUAUCAGAAAAGAACACACGCGACUUUAGGUUAACCGAGCUUCAUAACGACACUCUGCAAUGGAAUCACAAUCACUUUGUAGCCAACAAUCUUUUCCCCUGUUAAACAAAAUCGGGUUUCUACUAAAACAGAAAAUCAUAUUUGUUUUUUUUCGACCAGUUUUGUUAUUUUCUGUCGACUCGUUUGCUGUCAAAUGUCACAUUCCAUUUGGGAUACAAAAUUUCGUCAAAAUUAUUUUCACAACAUAUAUUAAAAUAUGUUAAGAUCUUCCAAAAUUUUUAACUGCAUAUAAGAACGGAACCGCAAUCACCACUACUCAGCUGCGACCAUCUGAACGAAUACAAACAUUUUAACAUUCAAAAUUUUUUAAGUAUUGUCGUCGUGACACAGUUUUAUUUAAACGCUAUAUGGCUCAAGCGAACCUUGAGAAUCUUUGCACAGCUUUAUGUGCAACAGAAGACCCGGUGCCUGCCUAUCCACUGAUAGCGCGCACAUUAAAAAAGAAUUCUCCGCCGGCCUGCGACGCCUUCGGACCAUUUCCAGACGAGACUAUUGUGUCGGGUAUCGAUCGUGCGCUCUAUCUUAUGGGCGCACGACGCGUACAGGAGUUUCUGCACCUACCCACACCAUCGCUGGACUCGAGCAAUAGCGAUAUUUCGCUUACCGUAUCGCAAGUGUCUUGCCCGAAUUCACAUAGACCGUGUCGCAAAUGUAGUACGGUCAUAACUUCCGAUACCAAGGACAAAAAUAAAUUACCAAGCUGCCUGAAAGUGACCAAAACCUGCACUUGCCCCAAAUGCCGCGCCAGCACUGCACAAACGAUGACCUUCUCUAAAAAGCCCUGCUGUUGUUGUGGCAGUUCGUCGGCACGCUCGUCGAAAAGUAGCUUGGCAUCGCAUGUGCAAAUCUGUGAACCACCCAAGUCAAUGAAUCCGCUGAAACGUUCAUUUUCGAUGUGCUCACUGGCCUGCCGAAAGUUAAAACAAAUGCUGACCUUUCCAUCAAGCGAUGACCAGAAGGCAAAGUGGUUGUGGGCACGUCUACAUUCCACAGAGAACGGCUGCCAAGUCUAUGAGAUAUUCAAAAACUCCAGUGUGUGCACACAUCCGUCGGAGUUUGAGAAGCAACGGAUGCCACAAGUCAUCUUCGUCGUGCUGCAAAAUGGCGCUAUAAUGCCAUUCGAAAUUUUGCCUUCACACUAAGGUAGAAAGCGAAAAGGGGAGAUAGAAAGAAAGAGUGCGAGAGACCCGGUGGAUUUUAUAUCUCCUCCAUAUAUGUAGUGUUUCGGUAUUUAUAACUACUUUUUAUUAUGUUAAAAACUAAAAACAAAACCUAAAAAUAUAUACAAAUAAUGUACUUGUACUUUUAAGAAAGUUAAACGU